AUGCGAUUAAUCAUUGUUUUAUUUGCUAUUGCUUUCAUACUAAUGUGUUUAUUUUCAAUCAGUGAUCAACUUUCUCUUGGUCCACGUACUCGUGGUCGAGGUGGUAAAGUACGACAUCAUGAAAUAAAGAAAGAUCACAGAAGACGUGGAUCCAUCUUAGUGGGACGACCAGAUGGUUUUCUGCGAGUUCACAAACAUCAUAUUCACCCAAGUGACAAAUAUGACAGUACACAUAAAGGUGCUAACCGUUUUCGACCUCCUCACAAGAGAAAAAAUUAA